CGCUGUUUUUUUUAGUGGGUAGGUUGCAGUAAGUGCAACCAUUUAUCAUUUAAAAUAAAAGUGAUGCCGCUCAACAUCCAUAAACAACUUCCUAAGUAGUUUCGUGCUUGUAAACACCACAAUGGCUGUCCCUAAACGACGAAUUAUAGUUUGAUUUCGAUCGAGAGUUUGACUAUUAUUUAUAAUGGUUCCUAAUACGUUGAAGAAAUCGCAAUUGAAGAACUUACCUCGGAACUUACUAAGUACCUACGGUAUAAUUUCAGGCAAAUUCAUUUUGUUAUAUUCUGAAGGCUAGUAACAUAUUUCUUUGAACAUUUUGGCAAACCUCAAAUUAGCUGAUAUAUAUCUACGCAAAAUGGAGGACUUGCUAUAGAAAUCGAAAUCAGCAAACGUGAUUUGGUUUAUUGAGUAGAAGGCACUUGUCAGUAUCCUGUCAAAAGCGUCGACGGGUGCAUUUAACGACUUAAGUUUCAGAAUGUGGCGAUUAUUAGCAUUGCACGUUUUAACAUCGGCUUUGGCGUUAGAUCCGCCUAAUUCAAAUAUAAUAGAACUCAGCGGUUCGAAUUUCAAUGAAAUGGUUUUGAAGAGUAACGAUUUGUGGUUAGUUGAAUUUUUCACAUCUUGGAGCGUGGAAUGUAAAAAACUCUAUCCUGAAUUUCAAAAAGCCGCGGACGCUCUAAAGGGCGUUGUGAAAGUGGGCGCUGUGGAUAUUGAUAAAGACGAAUACUUGACUGAGCGGUAUAAUAUAAAAUUCUUGCCCACUUUUAAAAUGUUCGGGGAAAAUAAGAAGAAGCCAAUGGAUUUCGAUGGACCACGAACGGCGCAAGGUUUUAUUGACGACGCCCUUGCCAUGAUACCCACUACAACCAAAUCAAAAACUAAACCCCAGCUAUUUGACAGCGAGAAUGUUGUCAGACUGACAGAUAACAAUUUCGACAACAUUGUCAUAGAUUCCCAUGAUAUGUGGCUUGUUGUUUUCUACGGGCCUUCGUGUGGACAGUGCAAAAACUUAGCGUCUCAUUGGGUUUCAGCGGCUUUCCAAUUGAAAGGCAAAAUGAAAUUUGGUGCUUUAGAUGCUACUAUUCAUCCGGAAAAAACAAAGGAAUACGUUCAAAGAUAUCCCACCGUGAAAUAUUUCAGAUUUGGUAAGAAAACCAGACGGUCGGUCGUAGACUAUAAUGGAGGCCCCUUAUCCACGGACAUUGUGAGGUGGUGCUUAGAUAAGAUUGAGGAAGAUCUUCCAGCGCCGCAAAUUUUACAGAUCUUGAACGAUGAUUCCUUUAAAAACGGCUGCCAAAGCAAACCCUUCUGCGUAAUUUCCGUAUUACCUAAUAUUUUAGACUGCAGGUCGGAUUGUCGUAAUAAUUAUUUGGAUAUUCUAGAACGCGUAGGUGAAAAACACAAGGCCAGAAUGUGGGGGUGGAUGUGGAGUCAAGCAGGGGACCAGUCUGAUUUAGAACAUGCCCUAGGAAUGGGCGGAUUUGGUUACCCCUCUGUAGCCGUGGUGAACGUUAAAACGACUAAGUACUCGCUAAUGAAAGGUUCCUUUUCUGUUAAUGGAAUAAAUAAUUUCUUAUGGUAUCUCCUUCGGGGACGGGAAAGCUUUAGUCCUUCAAGAGGAUUUUACAAUAUUUCAUCUGUAGAGGCAUGGAAUGGAAGAGAUUCAGAAUCUCCAAAUUCGUCAGAUUUUGAUAUACAUGACGAACUAUGAACGUCAGUAAUUACCAUAAAGCCAAAUGGGAAAAUUAGUCUAAUUUGAUUGUCUGUAUUUCAAUUUUACAGAAUUAAUGUUGCGUUGUUUUUAUGAAGCUUUAAUUGUUAUUGUUCAUGGUGCACACAUAAUAAACACGUUUUAACAUGAAACUAUGCACACCAAUUUAGUGUAACGUUAUAUUAUAACACUUAUAUGCUAAGUAGUACUAGUACUAACCACAUUGUACGGUGUAACUGUGUCAUAGAUCGACAACUUUUAUUUGCUUCUUAUUACUACACGGUACGGUACUCUACUACCUAUAAGAAUUUCAGAACCAACCAGCUUAAAAUAUUUAUUCCUAGCAUGUUUCUAUCAAUAGUAUCAAUUCAUAUACGGGAAGCAUCAAAAGUUGGCCGUCAGUUAGUUAUUUCCAUCAUUGGGGUACAUGGUAUGACAAUAUUUUACGGUAUUUUUCUCAAGUAGUUCCUUUUAAAAACCGUAUAAAGUAUAAACCACAGAUCAAAACUGUACAAUCAAAUCUUACAAGCCCAAAUUUAACGGAAAGGCACGGAGAAAAUGGUCUUUCUAACCGCGUGUUACCUACCUUAUUAUGGAAAAUAAUUGUGAGAUAUUGAACCUAAAAUUGGUAGUUUUCAAAUGUUUACCUUCAACUGCUCUAAGAUAGUUCAAAUUCGUGUUCAACUUGAAUUUGAGUAUGUCUAAUUUCUAUUUUCAAUUGUCUGAAGAAAUGCAUUAUUAGAACCUUCUAUGUACCCGGUAAAUAAAUACUUAAUUAUAGUUAGGUGGCUAUUUUCAUUGCUUGAUUCUAUUCAAGAUUACAUUUAAUUAUGUACUAAUUCACAUUAAAGUAGAUAUUAAAGAAGUAAUUACUACCAACAUUAUAUUAAACUAAAUAGAAAAAUAGUGCUUACUUGUAUGACAAGUUGUAAUUUUCCUUUUAUGAUUGUAAUUGAAAUCGUCACAUUAAUUUAUAAAUUAGUACGUAAAAUAUUAUACGACCUACGAGGAACUAAGCAAUCUGGUAAGAUACUUUGUUUUUAAGUAGUGUAAGGUACUUUAUGCACGGAUGUAUUAUAAAUAAAGUGACUCAAU